AUGAACGCGGGUGAUGCGCAGAACCUGGUGACAGAAGACGUGACGGUGGUGGAGGGAGACGUCGCCACCAUCAGCUGCCGUGUCAAGAACAGCGAUGACUCGGUGAUCCAGCUCCUGAAUCCCAACAGACAAACAAUUUAUUUCAGAGAUUUCAGACCGCUGAAGGACAGCCGGUUCCAGCUGGUGAACUUCUCCAACAGCGAGCUCCGAGUGUCCCUGACCAACGUCUCCGUUUCCGAUGAAGGGAGGUACUUCUGCCAGCUCUACACCGACCCCCCCCAGGAGAUCUACACCACAAUUACAGUGCUCGUCCCGCCACGCAAUCUGGUCAUUGAUAUCCAGAAAGAAAUCGCCGUCGAGGGAGAAGAGAUCGAGCUGAACUGCACCGCCAUGGCCAGCAAACCAGCCACCACCAUCAGAUGGUUCAAAGGAAACAAGGAACUAACCGGCAAGUCGGACGUGGAGGAGUGGUCCGACAUGUACACGGUGAUCAGCCAGCUCGUGCUCAAGGUGGGACGGGAGGACGACGGGGUGCCUGUCAUCUGCUUGGUGGAUCACCCUGCUGUCAAAGACUUGCAGACCCAGCGUUACCUGGAAGUCAUGUGGCAGAAGAUGCAGCUGCGGAACGAACCUUCGCCCUCAAGCUUGUCCUGCUGCGGGCCGAUGACUCGUUGGCCGACGGCAGACCGCGAGCGGAAGGAAAAUCCUCUUGUCUUCACGGACGGCGAUGCUUCUCGCGAGCGACCGGAGCCUGGCGAUGGGUGCCGUGUACUCAAGAACGCUUCCGCGGAGGCCGAGAGGCCCAGUGGCCCAGUGCUGGUCCGCAAAACGUCGCCGCGUCCAGCUGGAGCUGCCGUCACCUCGUGA